GAGCGGCAGUGCCACAGCACUAAACGCAAGUGUUGUUUGUAGUUAUCCCAGUGUACAGGAAUGGGCUGGUUGUAACAUUUAGUCCUUUUCGUUAGUAAUGCGUGCGUUUGCAUUGUUUAUGUGGCGACAUUUCUAAAUGUCUUCAUUUUAGGGCUGGGUCAAGCAAAUUCACAAACUCGUUUCGUCGUUUGUACCUAAUGAGAAGUAGACAGGAAAAAAAGGCUUCGCUGUUUUGACACAUCAGAAGGGGAGAGUCAGUGGCAUAUGACUCAAGCCGAGAAGUGGACGAAGUGCGAUUUGACGGUGGAAAUCUCACCACAGCAGGAAACGCGAACCCUUGGAAAUCCAUAAUUCACAAUGGAAUAAUGAUUUAGGAAGUUCCAAUAUCAACAAACACCGCCACUGGAAAUACAUUUGAAUAUUUUGUUUUUCCUUUCUAAAUAGAAAGGUAUUUUCACUCUUUUGGAAGUUGUCUUUCAUUGUGACAUUUCACUUAACAUCUCAAAUCGAUAUGUAUACGAGCAAUACCCGACUGGGGAGAUCUAGCUAGCUACUCAAUAUGAGGAAUCCGGAGAAGUGACCUCUGUUUGGAAGCCCACCACGCGCCGUGGAGAAUGGCAUCCAAUGAAAGAUUGUACGAGGUCUGGAUGCUAUAUUGCAACAAGAGGGACCCAGACUACCUGAAGCUGUGGCUGGAGAUCUUCAUUGGCUCCUAUGAGAGAUGUCUAGAUGUGGACUUUGAGAAGCCACCCUCCAGGUUGGAGGAGGUGCCUCCAGUGAUGACCCUGCUGCCAGACAACAUCCUGCAGGUGUUGCGUCACCAGCUGCUCCAGUGUGUCCAGAAGGCCUCGGACGGCCUGGAGCAGGAGCAGCAGAACCUGGCCCUCCUGCUGGUCAAGUUCCUCAUCGUGGCCUGCAGGAACCUGUCCAAUGUGGAGGAGAUAGGUACCUGCUCCUACAUCAACCAUGUCAUCACCAUGACAACGCUGUACAUCCAGCAGCUGAAGAGUAAGACGAAGGAGAAGGAGAUGGUGGACCAGACUCAGGCCGAGGAGUUUGUCCGCCACUCUCUGGCCUUCUGCGAGAGCCUGUACGACCCCUACCGGAACUGGAGACAUCGCACCUGCGGGGACCAGCGGAGUACGGUGGAGAAGAGCAGACAGAAGUACAAAGCAGCUCCUCUCACCGUGGAGUUUGUCCCCUUCUUCUACCAGUGCUUCCAGGAGAGUGAACACCUGAAGGACAGUCUGAAAUGCUGUCUGUUACACCUGUUUGGAGCCAUCGUGGCAGGGGGACAGAGUAAUGCUCUACUAGCCAUCUCCCCAGCCACCAUGGAGGUUCUGCUGCGUGUGCUGGGGGACUAUGAGGGGGGAGACCUGGACGGGGAGGACUGGGACAGUGAGGCUCCAGACAGGAAGUCCCUGCUCACCCUAGGCUGUCUGAGGGAGGUGGUACAUUCCCUCCUGGCAAGCAGCUCAGACCAACGCCAGGUGGAGAUCGGCUCGGUGCUGGAGAACUACUUCAAGCUGCUCAACUCUGAUCCGGCGGCGGCCGCCGUGCAGCAAGGGGUCAAAGGUCAUAAGGUGCUGGGCCGCCACUGGGAGAGCCGCUUCGUAGCGCUGCAGGUGCACAUGCUAGACACUAUCAGGGAUAUGUUCCUGUGUUCGGACCGUCCCGUCCUGCAGGCCAUCUUCCUCAACAGCAACUGCUUCGAGCACCUGACACGACUACUGCAGAACAGCAAGCUGGUUAAUGCUAGGUGCACGACAGCAGAGAAGGACCAGAAAGAUUUCACCAACAGGUUACUGACAGUGACAGGAGAGAGUGACACCCAGGUGUUUCAAGGGCGACUGGAUUCUCUCGCCGUGGCAACCAUCAAGGCCCUGACGACGGUGAUGCACAAGUCACCUGCUGCAAAGGAGGUGUUCAAGGAGAGGAUUGGCUACACUCACCUGUAUGAGGUGCUGGUCUCCCUGGGCCAGCCCUCCAGACACCUGCUGAAGGAACUUAUGAAUAUGGCCGUGGAGGGUGAACACACCUCGGUGGGUAUCCUGGGCAUCAGUAACGUGGAGCCCCUGCUCCUCCUCAUCCAGUGGCUCCCAGAGAUGGACUCUGCUGAGCUGCAGGUGUUCACCGCCGACUGGCUCCGCCGCCUCUGCUGCAUCAACCGACAGACGCGCGCCACCUGUGUCAACGCCGCCAUGGCCGUGCGACUCCUCGCCACCCUUGGGCACCACGCUCGCCUGCACCGGGCGUGUGCGGAAAGCCUUGUCGGUUUGCUAGGGUCGCUGGGAAGCCAGUCGCUGAGCGGCGGGGAGCUCCUCCAGUUACUCAGGCUUCUGAGGCCGCUGGAGCCUGGGCAGGCGCACCCGUACGUUGGCCCGGUGUUGAGGGCGGUCCUGGGCAUGGUGCGAAAGCAGGGCCUGGAGAGCGCCAUGCAGUACUUUGACCUGUCGCCCAGCAUGGCCGGCAUCGCCGUGCCAAUGGUGAUGCGCUGGCCGGGCCCAGCCUUCAGCUUCCUGGCUUGGCUCUCAUUGGACCAGGACCAGCAGGGAACGCCCGGCAAGGGGGACAAGAGGAAGCAGCUGUACAGUUUCUUCACCCCGGGAGGAACGGGCUUGGAGGCCUUCAUCAGUUCAGCAGGGGUACUGGUGGUUGCCGUGUGCACCAAGAAGGAGUACAUGACGGUGAUGCUACCAGACUACUCUUUCUGUGACUCACUCUGGCACAGUAUAGGUGUAGUCCAUGUACCGGGGAAGAGGCCGUUUGGACAGAGUCUAGUUUACAUCUAUGUAGAUGGACAGCAGAAACUGUCAGCACCACUUAAGUAUCCAACCAUGACAGAGCCUUUCACCUCCUGCUGCAUCGGCUCAGCAGGCCAUCGCACCACCACGCCGCCCCCCUCCCAAAUCCCAGACCCCCCCUUCUCCGGGGCGCCCCCUUCCGCCCGCUCCUCCCUGGGGGGUAUCCUGUCGGCCCAGGGCUGGGGGAGCCUCCUGGGAGGCAAGCCUGAGACGGUCACCAAGUUGAUCUCGGCGGGGACGCAGGACAGCGAGUGGGGAAGCCCCACCUCCCUGCAGGGCCAACUGGGUAGCGUCAUGGUGUUCCACGAAGCACUGCAGCCCAACCAUGUCAAGGCCCUCUGCAGCCCCGGGCCAAACUGCAUUUCUCCUUUCAAGACCCAGGAGGCGGAGCUCGGUGACCUCUCGACCAAACUCUUGCUGCACUACUCCCCCAAGGCUUGUCGGAACCCCAUCUGUCUGGACCUGUCCCCCAACCUCCUCCAUGGGCGUCUGACUGGGAACAAGGUUGUCAACUGGGACAUCAAGGAUAUGAUCAACUGCGUGGGAGGUCUACCUGUCCUCUUCCCCAUCCUGGAGCAACUGACCCUGCUGACCCCUGAGAACCACACCGCUGCCGACCCCACGGGGUCAGAGUUCAUCAGCCCCACGCCUGACGCGGCCACUUCCCCUGGGGACGGGGACUGGGUCAUCCUACCCUCCAACAGGGCCUCAGAGGCGCGUCUGGAGAAGAACCUGGUUGCCACCUUUCUGCUGGUGCUGAAGCACUUCCUGCAGCGCCAUCCUAUCAACCAGGAGAGCCUGCUGCACUCCCAUGGAGUAGCCACCCUGGGGGGACUGAUGCAGAAGCUGCCAGCCAGUCUGGUGGAUGUGAGUGUCUUGGUGUCUGCUCAGCUCCUGGUGGAGCAGGUGACCUAUGAAAAGAACCAACAGUUGCUGCAGCAGCUCCACACACACCUUCUGUUCAACUUCAGCAUCUGGAACCUGGGAGACUUCCCCCUGCGCAUCGGUCACAUCCAGUACAUGUCCACUGUCAUCAAAGACAACAGGAAGCAGUUCCGGAAGAAAUACGGAGUUCAAUUCCUACUCGACACCAUUCGCCUUUACUACGGGAGUGCCAGCAGGGAGGGAGAUAUUAGUGAAGACGACAAUCGGACCAUCCGGGCGUCGCUCUGCGGCCUCCUGAAGUAUUACAUCAGCAAGGGUAUGACCCAGGAGGAGAUGCACAGCAUUCUGGGAUACAUCGCCGCCAUCGGAGACGAGGAACAGCUGUGUGGAGUGAUAGAGUUGCUACUAACCCUGCUCCAGACCAGUGCUGCCAGGGACCAGCUUUUCCUGCUGCUGUUUGAGCCGGGGGCGGCCGACUCCUGCUACGCCCUACUGCUCAACACCAAACACUCAGACCGCCUCCGAGAGCUCGUCUUCAAGAUGUUUGACCGCAUGCUGCACUGCGACCGUGUCUAUGAGAAGAACAAGCAGAGGCUGAAGCUGAGGGAGGUGGGAUACUCCGGUCUCACCCUACUCUUCUCUGACCUCCACGUCACCCCCUCCCUCGUCAAGAGCCUGCUCAACCAGGUGCUCCACACAGAUCAUGUGGUGAGCUACAAGGACCUGAUGUCCCUGGUUCAGCUGACUCACCGGGCCGGGCCCAGCGUACGCCUGCUCGUGUGCAAUAGGCUGUACCAGCUCCUCCAGUCCCAGCAGGAUGCGGCGCGGGAGAUCUCCAGGCAGCUGUGCUGGCAGGAGACCCUGAUGAGGCUGUUCCUGCGCUCCCCCUGCGAGGGCGGCACGGGGCGGGGCGACGACGCCAGCACCUGCAGCCUGGACCUCAACCUCAGCCGGGGCAGUGGCAGUCGCCUAGAACUGCCCCUGGAGAGGAGGGGCCGAGCAGGCAGCGGCGGAAGACUGGUGGAUGAAGACCGCCUCAGCAUCAGCUCCAGAAGAUCAGUGGAUAGUCUUGAAAACGGGGAUCUACUCUCACUUCUGGACACGCCCGUUAGUCAGAUUGGGGAGGGCCAGUUGCUCAAGCCUUGGGCCUCUGGGGUUUCUGGGGGAUGGAAAGCAGGGGCGAGGGCAGGGGAGAGUGGCAACCAGACGCCGGGGAGCGUGGCCAGCACGCCAUCGCCGCUGGACACGUCGGCCAAGGCCUUCCCAGACGCCUCAUCGGCGUCCCUCACCGAGGACCGCUUCCUGUUCAGCGAUAACAUGUCACUGGGGGAGUCGUUCAGCUGCAUCGAGCGGACGGAGGAGGAGCUGUCUCGCAUGCUGCUGGAGAUCGUGCUGUGCGUGAUGUGGCGCGGCGUGGAGGGCUCGGACGAUGCCGCCUGGCUGGAGCGGGGGCAGGUGUUCUCUGCCCUCACCAAGCUGGGCACUACCAACGAGCUGCUGCUGCCUGUUGACCACAUCAAGCUCAGUCUGAUGGAGAGGAUGCUGGAGUGGGCCGUGACUGACAACCGGGAGGCCACGGCAGCCAUGUUGCCCCAGCACACAGAGAACGCCGUGCGGCUGCUCCACGUGGUGCAGGACUUCCUGCAGGCCGAGGGCCUGGUCAACCCCACCCUGUGGACAGAGAAGGUGCUGGAGGAGACGGUGACUCUGAUGGACAGUCUAAUGGUGUGGUACUCGUCAGGGACCCAGUGGCUGCAGCUGUCCCAGGUGGGCCUGAGGCUUCUGCUGGGCUUUAUGGCCCAGGAAGACCCCCAGGUGUGUGCCUUGGCCACAGCCAAGCUGAACGGCAUCCUGCAGACCAAGAGUGUGGAGACUCAGGACGAGGCGUGUUACCUGCUGGGCAAGGUGGAGGGCAUCCUGAGACGCUCUGUAGGGGGGCAGACAGAGGAGACCUAUAUGUGCCUGGUGCCCCUGCUCCGCACGCUGCUCUCCAAGGUGAACAAGCUGCUGUACAUGGAGCUGCACCUGCCCCAGCUGCCUGACACCAACGGCAGCCCCUCCUUCUUCGAGGACUUCCAGCUCUACUGCAACUCCCCCGAGUGGAGGGUCUACCUCGACAAAUACAUCAUCCCCUAUAUGAAGCAGUAUGAGAUUGAGACGUUUAGCCAGGGUCACGAGACCAUGGCUCUGUUCUGGAAGGAGUGCUACGAAAGCUUCAUGGUCAACCUGCACAAGAGAGAGAGGGAGCGGGGGGAGAGCAAGAUACGCUUCCAGGAGCAGUUUGUGGAGCCCUUCUCUCGGCGCGGGAGGCAGGAGAACCUGCGCUACAACAGCAUGCUGAAGCAGCUUCACAGCCAGCACAGCGCCGCCCUCAGGCAGUGGAGAGCAGCGCGGCGUGGCCUGGUGUGCGAGCGAGGGCCCUGGGCAGACAGGCAGCAGAGUGAGAUGCACUGGCGAGUGUCCAGCGCAGAGAACUACUCCCGCAUGAGACUCAAACUGGUGCGCAGCUACAACUAUGACGACCACCGCCAGGCCAGCGCUCUCAGGGACAACCUGGGUGUCCAGCAGCAGAGGAUGACAGCUGAGUCCUUACUGCUGGAGGCAGUCAAGCAGGUGAAGGUCAGCGACCUGGAGGAUGACAUCCUGGAGCUGCCUGAAGACGACCCCGCAGCGACCAACAACACGGGUGAGGUGGAGGAGGCAGGCCAGAAGGAGAAGCUGGUUCUGUGGGAGGACUGUGAGCUGGUCACCCAGGUGGAUGUCAGCCCUGGACGUCUGGAGCUCACCACCCAGCACAUCUACUUCUAUGACAGCAGCACCGAGAAGGAGGAGGGUGUUGGUCAGGACUUUAAGUGGCCUCUAUCUCAGAUCCGGGAGAUCCACCUGCGCAGGUACAACCUCCGCCGCUCUGCCCUGGAGAUCUUCCUCAUAGACCAGACCAACUACUUCCUCAACUUUAAGAAAGAGGUGCGGAACAAGGUGUACAGCAGGAUGCUGCUGCUGCGCUCCCUCAGCCUGUACGGUACACGCUCACCGCAGGAGCUGCUCAAGGCCUCCGGACUCACACAGAAAUGGGUGAACCGAGAGAUGACCAACUUUGACUACCUGAUCCAGCUGAACACCAUCGCGGGCCGAACCUAUAACGACCUGUCUCAGUACCCAGUGUUUCCCUGGAUCCUGUCGGACUACACAUCAGAGGAGCUGGACCUGACAGACCCACGGGUGUUCCGGGACCUGUCCAAGCCAGUGGCCGUACUCAAUGAGCGGAACGCCAAGGCUGUCCGGGAGAAGUAUGAGAGUUUUGAGGACCCCACGGGGACCAUCGACCGGUUCCACUACGGUACCCACUACUCCAACGCAGCAGGAGUCAUGCACUAUCUCAUCCGCGUGGAACCCUUCACGUCCCUCCACAUCGCAUUACAGAGUGGACGGUUUGACUGUGCGGACCGUCAGUUCCACUCCAUCCCAGCUUUGUGGCAGACCCUCAUGGACAACCCCAACGACGUCAAGGAGCUCAUCCCAGAGUUCUUCUACUUCCCAGAGUUCCUGGAGAAUCAGAACGGUGAGAUGAGUUCUGGGCGCCUGCAGAUCUCCAAGGAGAGGGUGAAUGACGUCAUCCUGCCUAAAUGGGCCAAGUCUCCAGAGGACUUCAUUUAUAAGCACAGGAAAGCCCUGGAGUCGGAGUACGUGUCGGCCCACCUGCAAGACUGGAUCGAUCUGAUCUUCGGUUACAAACAGCGAGGCCCCGCGGCCGUGGAGGCACUCAAUGUCUUCUACUACUGCACCUACGAAGGGGCAGUGGACCUGGAUGCCAUCACUGAUGAGAAGGAACGUAAAGCUGUAGAGGGGAUGAUCAGUAACUUUGGACAGACUCCCUGCCAGCUGCUCAAGGAGCCACACCCUGUACGUCUGUCUCUGGAGGAGGUGGAGAAGAGGAAAGUUCGACUAGACGCCUCGCCCCUCAGCAUCUUCGAGCACCUUACCGAACUCAAGUCCUUCUUUGUCGAGGGGAUCAGUGACGACGUGCCUCUGGUGAAAGCCGUGGUCCCCAAGAACCAGUCCCACUCCUUCAUCACCCAGGGCAGCCCAGACACUAUGGUGACCCUGAGUCAGAACUGUCUGAUGGGGACACACGGCUGGCUGCCUUACGACAAGAACAUCUCCAACUACUUUACCUUCAUCAAGGACCCCACCGUGGCCAACCCCAAGACCCAGCGGGUCCUGGGCGGGCCCUUCUCUCCGGGCGUGGAGGUGACGGCAGGUCUGUUUGUGGUGUCACAUGACGGGAAGCUCCUGUUCAGCGGUGGCCACUGGGACAACAGCCUGAGGGUCACCUCCCUGGUCAAAGGAAAGACUGUGGGACAGCACAUCAGACACAUGGACAUAGUGACGUGCCUGUCGACAGACUACUGUGGGAUCCACUUGAUCUCCGGCUCCAGGGACACCACCUGUAUGGUGUGGCAGGUGCUGCAGCAGGGAGGCUGUCCAGUGGGGCUGUGUCCCAAGCCAGUACAGGUGCUGUAUGGACACACUGACGAGGUGGUGAGCGUCAGCAUCAGCACAGAGCUGGACAUGGCUGUCUCUGGAUCACGGGACGGGACGGUGAUCAUCCACACGGUGCGUCGGGGCCAGUACAUGCGGUGUCUGCGGCCUCCCUGUGAGAGCUCCCUGCCUGUCUCCAUCCUGCACCUGGCUAUCUCUUAUGAGGGGUGUGUGGUGGUUCACACCUGUAUAGAGGGCAAGGCCACACUCAAGGAUAAGAACGGCCUGCACCUGUACUCUGUCAAUGGGAAGCACCUGUGUACGGAGGCCCUGAAGGAGCAGGUGACAGACAUGUGUGUGUCCGGGGAUUACCUGGUUAUCGGCAGCGAGCAGGGCUUCCUCUCCAUACGAGACCUGUACAGCCUGUCCCUGUGCGCCGCCCCCAUGGCCAUGCGCGUGCCCGUGCGCUGCGUGUCCGUCACCAAGGAGCAGAGCCACGUGCUGGCGGGCCUGCAGGACGGCAAGCUGAUCAUUGUGGGCGUGGGCAAGCCGGCCGAGAUGCGUUCAGGCCAGAUCACUCGUAAGCUGUGGGGCUCCAGCAAGCGCCUGACCCAGAUCUCCUCGGGAGAGACAGAGUACCAACCAGCCUGCAACCAGAACUGACCUCACAACCACCCCUUCCACCACCCCUUCCACUACCACCACGCCCCCUCACCCUGCUGCCUGCCUGAUUGGCCCGCCAGCCCUGCCAAUCAUCACAUUCUACCCAAUCAGAUUGAACCACCCCUCGUUUUGAUUGACUGAUGACUGUUUUGGGGGAAUCUUACUCUCCUUUUCUGUUCCUCCCUCUGACUUGGGAAGGACAGACUGACCCACGAGCGGGUGGAAGACAGGUUGCAUGUUUGUGUUUGUUUGUGUGUUUUAACUGUGUGUGAAGGUUGGGCGGAUGUGUAGGACCAUAGGGCAGGUCAGGACGGACCAACCGGCGCGGGCGUCGAGUUUCUGAUCCAACUGUAGGUGCAUGCAUCCCCUCACACACACACACCAAAUUCCUACCUACCCCCUUAUCCCACCCCAACCCAUCCCCUUCAAUGACACCCAUGGCCAUUACUCUUCAUCUUCCUCCAUCAUCAUCAUCACUAGCACGGUCAGUUCCGUGGCUCCCACUACUACAGAGCCCCUCUAUGCAGACACACACUACAGCAGUCUGAGAUGACCUCUGACCCCUCCACCUCUCAGGCCCAAGGAAAGAAGGGGAUCCCCAACAUAGAAAUAUAAUUACUCCAAUGGGAACACUUAAUAUGGUUGACGGUCCACCCAUCACAUAACACUGACUUCAAUGGGAAUUUCUGUUCUAGUAAUUAUAUUUCUCUGGUCACCAAGAUUACCCACUUCUCCAAGCCCUGAGCCCGAGACCACUGAGCGUGUGUGUAUGUACGCUGUUUUUGUUUCUGUGUGUUAUCUCUCGCUGGUUGUUUUCUCCAGUGGCCUUUGUUGACUUGGUUUUGCCUUCCAGUCUGACUAGGCUGUGACCGAUGCCUCAGGGCUCCUAUCCUAUGCAGCGAUAUGCAGCAGUAAGGGGCUAUGUUCAGUCACAAUACAAUGUAUUUGUUUUGUUUUUUGUGUUUGAUGUUACUGAUCAUUUGUUUAGUUCUUUUACAGAUGUGUUCAAGGUGUGUGGUUAGGUUAUGUUGUAUUUUGCGUGGCAUUUCUGGCCCACUCCUCGCUUAGUAUAGAGGACGGGGCUCUAGGGUAGCUAACACUCGUACUAAGCCUAACACACACACUUGUUUGCUAAUGUUCACAUGCAUAGACUCCUCCCUAUUGGAGAAGCCUCUGAUUGCGUUCCAGGUCACCUCUAUUGCAGCCGUGCUACACUUCUCAGUAGAUUUCUAAAUCACAUUCAUGUGGUUCCUGAGAUGUUGAACACUUCUCCAGGCGUUGUGAGAUCUGAUAAUCGGCAAGAAAGGCGAACUGGAGCGCACCCAAAGUCUGCUAGUUUGACACUACAGAGGAAGAGAGAGGCCUAGUGUUGUAGAAUCACUACCUACACCAUACCGUGCCCAUAGGACUCGCUACCCUCGAACACUACACUCUUACACACACUGCAAGCUUCUCACAUAGCCCAUCACUACACAUGUGUUAGACCAUGUGCUUUGGAGGGACGAACCAUACUGAACCUGGUUUAGUGUGCAAUGUUUAGCGCUAGAUUCAUCCUAGAAUGUUUUUACGUUACUUGAAUCAAUGUUUAUUUAUGAAUGAAAACUAGCUUCUUUUUUUUGUCGUAGGCUAUUUAAAUUCACACAACAUUAUUCGUAUGUUUUUAAGUGAUGCUUCAGUUGUUCAACAAAGAUUUAUGUGGCGAAAAACUCAGACAGUGGAUUAAUCCACCUUUCAGAACGGGAGGGGAGACUUUCUAAGGGCUUUUGAGAUGUCAGUGUUACACCAAUACAGUUCCUUCCUCUGCUCCGGUGACUGUACAUUGGUACAUUCCAGCCUCUUCUUGUCAAGGCUGAACUUUAAAAAAAAUCCAGUCUUCCUGGUUUUUCUGACAGGGACGACACGUUUGGGAGAUGAGACUUAUUCUGCUAAGGGAUGGCCCAAUCGGCUGUCUUCUUCUAACAGUCAGAAUCACCUCAGUGUUCCUCCUCCUUCCAUAAUUGGCUCUUAGUUGGGAGCCAUGUCACCAUGAUGUCACCCUUCUGUUUUCAGUUCCACUUACUGAUGGAUGUUAUAGGAUCUAGCCUGGUUAAACCAGACUGAAUGCUGCCCUCACCAUUGUUUUGUAGCACAAUCAGUUUGGAUCCCAGGCUAGUUAAGGUCCUCCGGAGUUCCAUAAAUGCAGUAAUGUCACUAAACAUGUGUCUGUGAACGAGGCCUAAUGUGGCUUUUGAGAUUUAUUGUGUGUUUGUAUGUCUGUGUGUUUGAGAUUAUGAAUGAUUCCCCCCCCAUAGAAUCCUUCUGGGUUUUAUGCUCCUGUCAAAUCAAAAGGACAGUUUGGUCCAGGGUAGGUCAUCUGUUGCAUAAUGUGAGUGGAUGUGUUCAUGAUGACAGUCAUUGUUUUAAAUGCCAAAUUCCUUAUUUCCUUGUUAUAUCAUUAUGGAUGUUGAUGAAGACACCAUGGUGGAAACCACCAUGUGAGGCAUCAUGUCAUUUGCCUUCUUGAUAAUAAUUAAAUGAUGAUUCUGGUUAUUAUCUAUCAUGGAUUUAGAAUCAUUCAUUCUGAUUCUAUGGUGGUUAUAGAUUAGGGAUCUGACUUCUAUGUGCAGUGUGGUUGUUUUUUUCUUUGGUCUUCUCUUUGAAGUGUCUCCGCAAUCUGUCCGGAGAUUACAAUCACAGACCAACAUGUGCCCUUUUUUUUAACAAGAGGCAGUUUUCCUUAUGUUUAUUUUUAAUUGUUUAUGCUGAUGUGUGUCGAUAGCAUACUCCUUUAAUCAGUUUCCAUUCUCAUUGGGGUGUGUUAAUUAAUAAUUUGUUCCGAAGGAUGUAUUUAAUACAUUUUUAUAUUUUUGUCAAUCUUAGUUUAUCAGUCAGACAAGAUCACCAUCUUGUUUUAGGACUUUCUUCCAACCCCACCACUGAAACAAAUGGAGUGCCUUUUUGUCCACAUUGCACCAUACAGUCAAUUAUCCGGUUAGGGUGCAGAAUUCCUUGUUACCUCUCCCUCCUCCAUGAAAACCCAUGGAUAGCAGCAUUCCACAAACUUACCAUCCAUGGGAACCAAGACCUCUAAAGAAAGUUGACUAAAGAUCUGCAAUAUAUUGGUGUCUUACCUUAGCUGCUUGCUCUGUGACUGUCACCAAAAUGGAUGUGUGUGUAUAUCUGAUUUAUAAAUAAUGUACAGCAUGAUUUUUAUUUUAGUGGAUUUUAAAUGUACUCUUUGCACUUUCCAGGUACUAAAUUGUAACUUGAUUGUUUUGAACGUCUCCCAGGUCCAUUCUGUACAGACAAACUGCUUUGUAUACACAAGUGGAAAGUAAUCAUUAAAGUCUUGUCAAAAAUUAA